AUGACCGGUAUACGUUCAAAGCAUCCUUCAACCGAGUUCUUUAAGAGGAGCUCAUUACACUCUACUAUGGAUUGCCGAUUUUCAUUCGAUCAAGGCCCAGAAAAUCCACCGACAUCAGUAAUCUUUGGUCCAGAGUACAUGGCCACCAAUGUCUAUCAACAUUGGCAAACAGAGGACCUGGAAUUAGCGAAGACGUUAGUGAGGCCCAACGGGAUGUUCUUUGAUGACGUGGCCAAGGAAUCGCUUCUAACAGAAGCGGGAUACGGGUCGGUGAGUCGGGUUUACAUAGUGUGCGAAGAAGACCAACUUAUGAAACCCGAAUUCCAGAGAUGGAUUAUUCAGAACAGCCCACCUGAUGAAGUCAAGUCCAUUGCAAAUGCUAACCACAUGAUCAUCCUAUCAAAACCCAAGGAGCUUUGCCUCUGUUUGCAGGAGAUUUCUCAGAAAUAUCAUUGAUUUUA